GUGGUGACUGCCCGUUCUCAAAAUCCUCCUAGCAAUCAGGAUUAUCAACUCUAUCGAAUCCAAACAGAUUGCACCGCGCCAUAAAUCUCUACCGCAAAGAUGGAUUCAAGCACGGGAUUCUUUCAGUUCAUAUUUUCCGAGCGCCCGAGAGAUUUUAAAGCGGCAUACGAAUCAUUGGAUCACAAACCAUACCAGAUCUUUGACAUUCUCCUGAGCGAGGAGCGCUUCAAAAAUUUCUUCUCAAGGACUGAAGUCUAUGGAGCCAAUCUUGCGAACUUGUUAACUCAAUUCCCCAAUUUCCAGAAAGAUAAUUACAGGAGCUCGCUAUUGCGAGAAAUCAUUAGAGCCUUUACUCUGUCAUUGCUCACCGAAACCUUCGACGAUGCAAAAUCCAGUAGCGCGAUAGCAAGAAUUCUCGUCUCGGUGGUGAAAUUAUCGGACCCAAGCACUUUAGGGAAGUUUGGUGUGAGAUUGGGAGCUCUCCCGGGUAUAUUGCGGAUUUUGAUUGAGAAAGGGCACAUAAGAGAAUUGACCCGAACUCACAAACAGUGCUUUGAAGGGCUCAUUUCUGAAUCUCAGGCCAGGGAACAGUGGGUCCGAUUUAUUAUGGAUCUCUGCAAGGACUGUGGGGUUCACGGGUCGAGGCCUAAGAGAAUCGGCGACGUGGAGUUGGCCAAGUUCAUUCGCACCGUUCCUUGUGAAUUUUGUCCUGACAUUUCCUCCAAUCGUGGGCUGAGCCAGACUUUUGUGGGGGAGCCUUCGCGGGCCCGGAGAGACUCUUAUCAACCAAAUACAGAACCGAAUGCAUUGGAACACCUCUUGGGUGAGCCACUGGGACCAUGGAAGAUCAUUCUUUCACAGCGGGCCAUGGAGGAUCUGGAAGAAGUGAAUGGUCAUGGUACUUGUUCACCAGCGGGGGGUUUUUUUUUGGAGUUUGCUGACGUGGGUUAGGCGACUUUGAGAGUGUUCGACGCAAGUUAUACGAGCUCGCCUCCGGGGACUGGGCUGGGGAAAAGAUACUCCUCCGAGAAACGUGGGGCAACGCACUAGGCUAUCGAAUCCCGUUAUUCAGAGCUCUCUACGCAGGCGAGCAUUAUAUAUUAUGGCAAAUUGAUGCGGAAUUUGAUGAAAGGUUUGGCGAAGACUACCAGGUUAUAAAAGGUUCGGAUGCCCGUAAAAAUAACCUCAUGAGUAGAGAGCUAACAGAGAGUAACCGUGGUUUAGUAUGGGCUGUCGGAAAGCCCCCAAAUGUAUGCACUCCUAGCAUGACAAAGGUAGGAUGAAAUUAAGAUGAAGCAGGUCGACAGGAUUGGUGCACAUGUCCGCCGGGCACAGCAACCCUAUACGGAAGCUCGAGUGGAAGCUUGCAGCCUUUUUGACGGGUCGCGGGGGAUUAGGUAUCCGGCAAGGGUAUUCUUGGACGGCGAGGAAGAGGACCACGGCUAUACAGAGUUGCUCGAUGGCACUAGCGAUGACGAUUUUGGCGAUUCAGCUCAGCUAGGUAAAGUUGAAAUAGCCCUGCUAGAAUGUUCUUCCAUAAGAAUACUAAAUUAGUGGUUAAAAGCAAAAUUUUAUAGUCUCACUACUACUGUUCUGGAUAAUAUUGCCGCUGCACCUAGAAGGGUGGCUUAUCCAGUAGCCAUAUCAAAGGUGGAAGCCGAAGUGGUGGAUCAUUUCGCAACACCAGCAUUCAUUCUUGGGAGAAGUGGGACCGGGAAAACCACCUGCUUAGUCUAUAAGUUAGUGGGAAGGUAUUUAAGCAGCAGGAAGAAUGGAGAACCUUUGAGACAAGUAUGUGAUUGCGGCAUGUCUGAGAUUGGCCAUCCUCUGAGGGUAUAAGGUUGGCUAGGCUAACAGCCAUAGGUAUUGCUUACGAAGUCAAAGAGAUUGGCGUCGAAGUUAAGAACUAAUACCGGCGGAUUAAUUGAAGCGAAAUUGGGAGAAAUGAACGAGCCAGCUGAGGGCAAUUGUGGCAAAAAUGGUGACUUCGAUGACAAUACAAAACAGCAAUUCUCAUCGCUCGGAGAUGCGGAUUUCCCCCUGGUAUGCACUUUCGAUUACUUGUUAAGUCUUAUUGAAAAUAGUAUUAGGUUCGUUACUCUCUUAAACACUUCUCACGCAGUAGGCAUACUAAACCGCCUUAGAGCACAGGAAACCCGGGGAAGAUACAUGAAAAUGGACAGUUCUAAAUGCGCCCGCGAGAUUGACUUCAGGAAGUUCAGCAUCGAGUACUGGGAACGCGUGCCCCCAAAAUUAAAGAAGAGAAUUCCUAAGGGUUUAGCAUUUCUCGAAAUCAUGGGAGUCAUCAAGGGAUCGGUUACGCCGGCUGCAGACUUUGAGCCUUUAUCCCGGGGAGAUUAUUUAGGAAAGCGAUGGAGACUGGCUCCGAAUUUUGCCACAGAGCAGGAGAGAAGCACAGUUUACGACAUAUAUGAAUGGUAUGAACGGGCUAAGAAGAAGCGGGGUGAUAUUGAUCAGGCAGAUAGAGUUAUCAAAGUUAUAAGGACUUUGGAGGCAUUCAAGUCUUCGGAGAUAUCUGAAGAUAUUGAAUUCGAACGGAAUAUCCGAAGGAUACUACACGAGAUUUAUGUGGAUGGUUUGCACCUCGGGAUCAAAAAUACUAGCUUUAGGAGGGGUUUAACAAAAAGCAGAGGUCCAGGACCAGCGAACAUCGGAAAUAGAUAUGCUUUUGACGUUAGUGGAAUAUCCUCGGCGAAUCCAUUUCGGUAUGUUUCUCUCUAUCUUCUGUUUUUCCACUUGGUCCUAGGUUCUCAUCAGCGAACAGCAGGUGAUGCGGCCCAGUGUAUAUCCAAGGACGCUCUAUUCCGGUUUGAAAAUGCGAAAGCCUUGUUUUACGAGCGUUUCAGGGGCACCACUAGCAGCACCAGAGACCUAAGGCCAACAUUGAAGAAAUUAUUGCACAACUUUAGAUCUCACAAGCAGAUUUUGAGCGUUGCUUCCUUAGUGAUGGACCUCUUGUACGGUGGUGCGUGGCUCCUCAGCACCUUCUUCUAUUAUCCAUAGUACUUAUAGGGUAAUUUAGGCUUUCCCGAAUUGGUGGAUGAAUUGCGUCCUGAAAUCGGGAAGAUUCCCGGACCUAAACCUACCCUUUAUAGUAAGAUCACCCUUGCACGAACUACCGUUUUACCUGGCUAAUUUUUGGAGUUGGGGACAACAUAAUAGAGAACCUGAAGAUUGUGGGGGGAAUGGGGGCCCCUCAAACAUCGGAUAACGGGCACAUCAAGUUCCAGGAAUAUGGAGAAGUUCGUGUUAUUCUAGUGCGGGAUGAGGAAACACGUGAUAAACUUCGAACGGAGCUUGGGAGCUCCUGGUUGGUAUUAACAAUCCUCCAGAGCAAGGGCAUGGAGUUCGAGGAUGUUUUCCUCUAUAAUUUUCUUAGUACGGCCUCAUAUAGCGGUAAUUUGGAUAUCUUGGAAGAUCUCUUCAAACGCAGGUAUUUACCGGGUAAGGUUCACUCCAUAAAGAAAUUCUGUGGGGGGAGGGUCUAUAUUACGUACUAAUCCCUUGUAGUUUCGAAAGGCUCACCUCCGAAAGGUUAUUCAGACUGGGUGAAAAACAAUAUUGUGAGUAAAGGGUGACUUAAAUCAUAAAAUAGUUGCUAAUAUCGUGGCAGGCGCUCUGCUCAGAAUUGAAGGUAGAUGGAUAGUCGUGGGAUCUUCGUCUUGGACUUCAUUAAUUCGCUAAUCUUAUGCGGGCGUGAAGAAUUUAUAUGUCGGAGUGACUAGAGCUCGGAACCGCCUAUGGAUACUGGAAAGUAACACAUGUGACCUGGGCCCGGUGGUACGCUUGUUCAAUCAAACGGCAAAUCAGUUAAGACCACGUCGCUACCCAGAACCCAUACUAGAGAUAUUAGCAGAACAAGAUAUAGGAGUAUGUCCAGAACUCCCGUUGGAUUCGCCACUCUAACAUCCAUAGACUUUGGAGCUGCAUAGGCGGUUAUCGACGGGAAGGACCAUCAGUGCUUCUCGGUGGAGAGAAAUGGGGUAUCAAAUGAUUGAUGAUCAGCAAUACCCUGAGGUUCGCUAGUAGAUGUUACGUUUUCAAAGAAUUAGGCUGAUUAUUUCUCUAUUAGGCUCUACGCUGCUUCGAGCAGGCUGAAUAUUCUAGUGGCAUUACAUUGACGAAUGCCUAUAUUAACGAAGAAAUUGGACACACCAACAGGGCUCACCAGUCCUUUGAAGUGGCCAAUGGUUAUUUCAUGAAGGCAUCAGAACUAUUCCUACAAGCCGGUAGCGUGGCGAAGGCGGUUCAAUGCCGGAAGGAAGGAGGCGAUCUGAAGGGUGCGGCAGGUGAGCAUAUCCCAAGGAACCAUUUGAAUAUCGAGGCUUAAAUGUUACAGAGAUUCUUGCCGAUAACGGAGAGUAUGAAGAUGCUGCCUGGCUUUCAGCAGAACUUGGAUUGUUUUCAAAAGCAAGCGAGGUAUAUACGAAACUUGGUAAGCAUGGGAAGGCGCUUGCGGGAUAUGCUCGCGGGAAACGGUUUGCAUCGAUGUUGGACUAUCUCGAAAGGUUUAUACCAGAUCCCCUUUUCUGCUUAGUUCUCAGCGCUCAGAGUGGCAUGAUGGGAUUGGCUAACCACUAGGAACAAUAGGUUUAAAUCGGAAAUUGAGCCUUGUUGUUGGAAACAGUAUGUUCAGCUCCUCUACUUAGGGGAGUUUGGAGAGAGCGAUACGAUUCCGGACGAGCAUGAGAAACGGGUUCUGAAUCUUAUGGGAUCCUUAAAGGAGAAGGAAAUGGUUUUUUCAAGAAUCCACUUGAUGAACAAACUUUUCGACUUGCUCAGCGCUAAUAGCCGAUACAUGAAGGCCUACGAGGUUGGGGUCAGUUCUGGGCUCUUAGGGAGCUCUAUCCGGUUGCUUGGGGACAAAAUCUGGUUAAAAAAUCCAAACUGGGGACAAGGGGCACAGCUGAACGUGAUGUGUAAGUACCUGCAAGCAGAACAUAUAGCAACCAAUUCUUGGCUCGGAACCGGAGAAGACAAGUGGAGCCACGAAGUUCUACGAGCGGUUACCGGGAGAGGGAGUCCGCAGAUCGAUUCAUUUGUCAGAAUGUGGGGGGACAUCAGCCAAGAGCUCAAUACUUUUGUUCUGGGUCGGUGUAAGACUACUAUAGCGGUAGGAAGAUUUGAUGAUCCGCAGAUUGCUGGAUAUGUGGAUAUUCUGGUUUGUUCCAUUCAGAUGCUUAUACGGUGUUCACCUCUAACCGGGCAGUAGGUCACGAGGAGUACAUAUGCCAACAAUGAAUUCCGGCUUCCGCUUGAUCAUAUCGAGCGCGUGCUUGAAGAUUUGAGGAUAAUCUCUUCACAUGGGGCGAUCCCAUCUCCGGCUCGGCUCUAUUGCGGGAUUUAUGAGAUGCCUCGUCAACCGGGCAAACACGUUGUCCUGGACUGGUCUCCACUCCGCGAGAAUUCUAAACCGCGACUCCCACUUAGGCCGGUGGAUCUUGAAUCACUUAGGGGCGGAAUAUUAAGGCUUAUUUUACGGGAUAUUUCUUCUCUCGUUUCGCUUGAGGAAGAGUUGCGAAUAAUGUGGGGCGGGGGUGGGGGACCUCAGUUCUUGCCCCCACUGACACCGGGUAUGAAUAAUCUGAGAGCUUCAAUUUCAUUCAGUACAAUACCUUACUUAUGUGAAUGGAACUUAGCGGAAACCCACUGCAAGAAAGUAGAGGUAGGCUCUGUACUCGUGCAUUGGAAUUCUACUCUCAGACUACUCGCUUACAGUAGACCAGUUGCUGGUGCGCCUUUGCCUAAUAUUCUCGGAAUAUGCUGCAAUGACCAAAUGCGUUAAAUGGGCCAAUGAUUCGGCGCCGCAGAAUUGUAAGAUAUUCCACCCUACCCCGCCAUGGAGUCAUCCCUUCUGACGUAAUACAGGGAAUCAGAGAUUUUGGGCGACGGCUCUGCUGGAGCAAAUGGAGUUCAAAUCCUCGUACGAGCAGAACAUCGGAGUUCUUCUUGACACCAAGUCUGAGCUCAAGACCCAAAUGAAAAAAUAUCGCGUAUUGUGCUCAGGCUUGUGUGGGAAUGACAUAACAGAGCAUAGGAUAGAAUCUGCCGUUGAAAUGGGUCUGAGGACUUGUGUGUCUUCGCUAUUAGCUCAAUACCAAACAUCGCUAUUUCUAGGUAUGUGGAAUUACACACGGGGAUUUUUGCAGGCAGGCAUAAUCGUACUCUAACAAGCAACAGACUAUAGAGGCCAGUGGAUGAAAACUUUUCUGGCAAUGCGCACCCGGUUAGUUGACAAAAGGAGCUCGGGCUUCAGAUCCGGCUCCGAAAUGGUAACUUUAGUCAAUCGGCUGGUGUUGGAGACCGAAGCUGGGGAUUUUCCCGGAAGAUUUGUACUUUUGGCUCAUCCACUUACCUUAUGGUUUAUCUGCUAACUUUAAUAUAGUGCGAAAAUAUUUAUAGGACCCUAGGUGCUCUUGCGAGACUAAGAAACGCGCUAAACUUUUACUUAAGCUCCGUCAUCUCUCUUUAUGAGGAGUUGACCCUAUCUUUGGUAAGAAAGUGAUUGGUAUAUGGGGCUUAGCACUAACGGGAUUAGAUUUUCCUGGUACGGCCUUACCAGUUUCUCAUUCCCGAUUCCUGGCAUCGUUUAUAUUUCAAUCGAUGGGAAAGAAAACAUCGGUCACCCUCGGUUCUAGAAUGCUUCCUGUACCAGCAGUGCCUGGCGAAAGUUUGUUUAAGCUUCUGCGAGAUGGUUAUAAAUAUAGAGGGAAAGGGUACCAGCGAGAUUGCUUUGGGUCGGCGAAGUGUUAACCUGAUUGUUGUCUGCCUUAUCAACUUGGGGACUUUUUACCCACGACCACAGGAAUAUCGUGAACUAUGGAAGAAGUCACAAGAGGUUUGCCUUUCCUCAUAACAUGGGCUUGGGGGCUGCGGCACGCUUAUUCUUUACUCAGGUUUUCUGCUGUGGCAGACUAAAUAUCAGUGGUAUCCGGGAGCUUCCUGAAGAUGAGCUCAUAGUGCACCUGGCAAAAGCCUUCCGGGAGUGCGGAGGGAGCGAUACAAUCCGCCUUGUGAGGGGCCACCAAAGAUGGGUCGACUCUUUUGCCGGGAUUCCGUUGAAAGAAAACGGGAUAUCCGUAGUGAGAAGCAGCCCUGUAAAAGAGAAAAAAAGACAUCUAUGGGGAACGAGCGAAUGCAAAGUUACAAGGCUGCUCAACGCCGCGUAUAUUUUAACAGCUUUUUGGAAACUGAAUGGGCCGAGAUAUGUGGAGAAGAUGAAGGUACGCAGGCAGCGCUAUGCUGCACGUAUUUUGACGGCUUUUUGGAGACGAAAUGGUCCAAGUUUCUUGAAGAGGAUGGAGGAACGCAGGAGGCAGGUCAACGCUGCACGAAUUGUGACGGCCUUUUGGAAACUGAAUGGGCGGAAAUACGUGGAGAAGAUGAAAGGGCGUAGGCAGCGCCACGCUGCGCGUAUUUUGACAGCUUUCUGGAGACGGAACGGGCCAAGGAUUUUGGAGAGGCUAGAGAGACGCAGAAGGGAGCUCAAUGCAGCACGCAAGCGGUCAUCAUUUUGGAAACUGGACUGGCUAAGGUUUUUCCUGAAGCGAUGAGGAAACACAGGAGGUACUUUGCCCCGGAGGUGCGAAUAUUCUCGGAAUCAUUCUUCGCUGGUGGAUAUGAGAGACAAAAGCUCCACACAUUGAUGGCGGUGCUUCGUUUUUUUUCUAUUUUUUUCCCUUGUUUCUUUCUCGGGGCCGCUAUGUCAGAUUAGUAAUGGGGGGGGAGGUUUACUUUUAAUCUCUUGGAUCACGGGAUUUAGUAUUUUUGUGGUUUACCUCAACAUUAACAAAUCCUAAAGAACUUUGCUUG